AUGUCGUACGGCAUUUACGUGAAGGCGGCCGAUGACGUUCCUAAGGAAUUAUUAGAAGAAUUUCACAUACCUACCAAGCCGAUAAUCUACAGAGGGACAGAAGACGAACCGAACGUGACGAAACAUUUUGUAAAGACGAUAGUGGAGUUGGGUUUACGCGUGGAGCAAAUGUUGAAGACGAAUGAACCUAUUACGAUGACUGACGUAGAGCGAGAGAUACAUUUGACCUGCGAAGAAUGCAACUCAUGUAGAAAUAAAUUUUCUGCACAAAAUUAUAAAGUCGCCGACCAUAUCAACCUGUUUGGGAGAUUCGGACAGACGCUUUGCAAUACCUGUUACCUAAAGUUACAGAUUCCUAGUUUCUGGCCGUGCUUUUUCCAUAAUCUUAGCAAUUACGACGCGCAUUUCUUCGUCACGGAGCUGGGAUACGAUGCCGAAACAAUUUCAGUCAUUCCUAAUAGUGAGGAAAAAUUUAUUUCGUUCUCGAAGUACGUGAGCAAGACCUUCACCGUAAGAUUUAUAGACACGUGUCGUUUUAUGGCGUCGAAACUUUCAUCACUCGCGUCGAAUCUAUUAAUACCGGAUUUCAUUAGGUUCCGCGAGACAAUGAAAGUGUUCAACAAAGAGGAUAUGUCACUUGUUACGAGGAAGGGUGUAUAUCCGUACGAAUAUACAGAUAGUUGA